CAGAAACAGUGACCAAUGUUAUGUCGUUAACUUACAGUGAUGCGGUGUAUUUUUCUGGUAAACGAUGCUUCAUAUGAGUCAGCAGCUGAAAGCUUUUGUAAAGCAUUUGUCAAAGUUUUAAUCAGUCGCAUAGGAAAUUAACGUAACGUAUCAGUUAACGUAACUAGCAAAUGUAUCUGUAAUUUGGAUAAGAGGAGCCCAUUUCUGUUAAGAAUAACGUCAGAGCCGCUUCCUUUAUUUAAUUUUAUUUUAAAGUUACCGACAACGUUAACAUCAAUUGAACACGGCACCUUCACUUGAGAUGGACCAGUCAGGCAACGUGGGGAACCUCAAGCACAUGGUGGAGGCUGUGGUACCGAAUGAUGGUCCUCCUUCUGAGAGCUACAACGGGCAGAAGGAUACCUUACCUGCAGACAUGCUGAGAAUGAAACAGCAAAUGUCCAACCAGUGCUUUGAGAUGACAGUACAGCUCCAUGCAGGGAAAAGUAAGAGAUCAUGCAGCAUAUCUGAAGCUGAGAGGGACUUGCCAGAUUAUGUCAAUGAACUGGAAAGGGUCAAGACUGUUAACUUUAACAGCACACUGACACUACACAGAAUGCAGAUGUGGCAUGCUAUUGGGGAAAAACUGAAACAGAGUGAUUCAGAGGCAGAUGCCCUGAAAGCUGUGAGUGAACGCUGCAUGGGUCUUUGUUCACACAUAAAACAAGUGCAGCAAGAGUCAAGAGAUCUUCAAGAUGAAAUCACAGAAAUACAGAAGAAGAGGCUUGGGAUGAAGCGGCUUACACAUGAGAAAAUGAAAGAGAUGGAAGAGUUGAUGUCCAAGAAAGAGCACCCCGAUACAGAGAAGUACAAAGCUGCAUUGGAGAAAGGCCAGGCGAACCUAGAGAAAUAUAAAAAGAUGGCCAUCAUGACACAGAACGUUUUCAGGGGCAUCCUCUUGGCUUGUAAAGUCAACUGGCUGGAUGAUCCCAAACUUCGAGACAUCGCCAUGACGCUGGAGGAAUUUCCCAUAUCUGACUAGAGAAGGGAUCGAUUUAUCUUGUAUUUAUAUGUUUCUAUAUUGUAUUACCUAAUAAACAACCAACAAAGCUGUUCAAAA